GGGGGGGGGCACGGCCUAUUCUGGUUCUUUGCUCUGACUUCCCUUCGUUUGCUGUUCCUGGUUGCAUUAAGCCUUAUAGUAGUAGUGUGUCUAGACCAGUGGAAACACAAAAUCUGGCCAGAAAUUGGUGUGGCAAGACCUGAUGAAUUAGACAAUGAGAGCUGGGGAUAUGUCCACCCUCGGCUGCUCGGAGUGCCAGAGCUCUGUCAUCAUUUGGCUGAAGGAUGGGUGACUGGGACCAACUUCUUAAGUAAUCUCUUCAUUUUCAAGAGGCAAAGUCCUGGCAAGUUUUGCCUUCUAGUGUGUGGAGUGUUCACUUUCCUGGCUGUCCUGGGCCGGUAUAUCCCUGGGCUCUUGCUCUCAUAUUUGCUGUUGCUCUGGGUCCUGCUGUGGCCCCUGGUCGUGUACCACAGGCUGGGGCAGCGCCUGUACCUGCGGCUGGAGCCCGUGCUGCAGCGGCUGGACUUCAGUGUGCGCGGAUAUGUGAUAGCCAGGCAGCGCGAGAGGCAGCUGCGUGCCCGGGCCCUUGGUCAGGAAGCCACGGACGAUGGGAGUGACAGCGAAGAGGAGCUGGCUGCCUUCUGCCCCAAGCUGGAUGACUCUGUGGUCGCCAAGGAACUGACCAUCUCUGACUCUGAGCAUUCAGAUGCUGAGGUUUCCUAUACUGAAAGUGGGAUGUUUAACCUUUCAAGGGGCCAGACACCCCUGACAGAGGGAUCAGAAGAGCUGGAUGGUCACAGUGACCCAGAAGAAUCUUUUGCCAGAGAUCUCCCUGACUUCCCUUCCAUAAACCCAGAAGCAGCCGGCAUAGAGGAUGAAGAUGACACCAGCAUUGGGAUCCCGAGCCUGGCGUACCGCCCACAGGGGACAGAGGAUUUGCAGCUCCCAUAUGAGCAGGAGGAAUUUAGCACAUUGCCAUCAGUGCAAAAUCUCACCAACAAUAUCACUGGCUUUGUCACCCGGGGCAUGAUCCAGCUGGCACUAUCAGGAGCCUCUCAGCCAGACUCCUCACGCAGCACCAAUCCCCAGAGAGGGGCAAAAACUCACCUCAGAGCAGCCAGUUUGGACUUGGACACUGACGCUGAAGGGGAUGACUUUGAACUGCUGGAUCAGUCCGAGCUGAACCAGCUGGAUCCCACUGGCUCCCGGGGCCAGUAAACCAUCCUGUCACUUCCCUCUGGUUUUCUGUUGUGUAUCAUGGAGGGAAUCCUAGAAGGAGAAGCCUUGCACAGUUCUCUCAAUCGUCUCCUGUGAGUCUGAGUGAUGUGACAGCCAGUCCUGGCUGGGUACACCACUGUGACUUGUGACUCUGUAGCCUUGCUUGGAUUUUAAAAUAAAGGACACUGGCAAUCUGU